AUGCGAACGAGAAUUUCAUUUUGCACUCCCAACCGCCGCCGCACCGGGCCGUUGCUGACGGUGGCCGUUCUCACGGUGCUGCUCGUCUACCUCAGCGUGGCCGCAACCCUGUCCACCGCCCUCACCACGGCGGUAGACGCGGGAGAGAAGUUCGUCAUCACGGAGACGCUGCCUCCGGGCACGGAGCUGCACUUUCAGUUCGCGCUGCACGCCGACUACGUGCUGCCCAUCUCCAUCGUAGACCGCGGCACGAACGAGGAACUCAAGCGGUGGCAUGACAACGCGCGUGGGGUCUUCUCCAUCCCGGCCACCGACAAGACACGCGUGUUUACGAUUUCCUUCGACAACUCCGACACGUAUUUUACGUCGAAGAACGUGAACUUUGACCUCCGCACGGCGGUGAACUCCGACUACGCGGUCAGCGCGAUGGAGCUGGACCCGAUCGAGCAGAAGAUCCGAGUGCUUUCGAGUGCGAUGCAGCGGCUGAAGUCGCUGCAGGUGAACAUUCGCACGCAGCAGACGAACCACCGCGCGACGGUGGAGGACGCAAACGAGCGGGUGCUCCUCUGGUCCAUCUUUCAGGUACUGUGCUUCAUUGCCAUGACAGGGUUUCAGCUGUUUCUACUGAAGCGCUUCCUGGAGAAACGGACCUACGUCUAA